AUGUCCAGCCUAUUUGAGGAAAUCACGAGUUGUGGUCCAAGAGAUGGAGCUGGAGGGGAGAUGCUUGCUGUCAGAAGCAUCCUUGACUCUGACAGAUUUCACUGCUUCUCUUUGGUGAGUGGGAGGAGAAAUUUCCGGAGAUGCCAGUACCACAGGACAGACCUCACCCUAGAGGACAUAGUGGAGAGAGAGGAGGGUGAAGUGCUGUUUGAUAAGCUGGAUUCUGGGCUCCAAGGCCAAAAGGCUGAGUUCCAAGUUCUGGAUGUGGUAGACUCAAAAGGAAUGUUGAUAGUGAAAUUAUCCAAAGAAAUAAUAAUUGCAGGGACCUUCCACAGAUCCCACAAGCAGAGAAUCAAGACAUUGGAGACCUGGACCCAGCAGUAUCUGGAUUCCCUUGAGAACAGUGAGUUGAAGAGAAAACUACCUACUUUGUUGCAAUCAAUCGGAGAAAUGAGAGCAGACCUCUGUCUGGUGACAGAGACUCUGGAGACAGCAAGGAAGGAAACCCUGAAAACUGAAUGGCAGUGUAUGCUGCGGAGCUGGAUGGGAGGCAGGGUCUGUGAGAGAACCAGCCUUGGCCCACCCAUGCACCAAAGGUCAGUAACCAACCCCCUAAAGCAGGUCCUGAGCUAUUGAGUAAAGCAGCUCAUCUUUCCCAACAUGGAGAGAAUGAAGGAAGAUGGUUCAUCUUGCUUAAGGAAAUCCUUGAGUUUGGAGGACUUCAGAAACAUGAAGGAGAAGGUGCAGGACAUGCUGAGAGGCCUCUAGGAUCUGACUGAUGUGCUAAGCUGCCUCACUAAGCACCUCAACAAGGAGGGGCAGCGACAGAAUCUAGAACAAAGGGUGUCUGAGGCCCUGAUCUCUGGUGACCUGGAGGGUCCAGCAGAUCCUCUUGUUAGUAGCUUUUUAAUGCUUUUUAAUGCUGCUGGGAUCUUGGUAAAAACACAUACAGAAUCUAUUCUGAAUGUCCUGGAUGCCUUGAUUGAGAUAUCUUAGGAGCAGCAUCUUGUGGCUGAGGCCCUGGAAAAGGGGAUCCUGUCCCUGUUGAAAGACCAGAUAAAGUCUGUCCUGGAGCAGAACUGAGGUGAGCAGCCCCACGAUGUGGGCUAUGACCCUGAUGCAAGAUUUCUCUGUGCCCUCCGUGUUGCUGUCUCCGUCCUGCUGCAGCUGGGUGAGAAGCCUAUCUUAGUGUCUUCCUAA